AUGCUGCCGCCCGCGGCCCGCGGCCAGGGGGGCUGGGGAUCGCCGGUGACGGGCUCGCCCGCGCGCUGGUCGGUGGCGACGAGUGCGGUGUGUUUGCUCAAUCUGCUUUUCUGUCUCUCCCUCGUCUGCCUCUACCUGAUGCUGGAAGAGGAAGAUGUCUUCUUUUCUGCGCCCUCGAUGACCAGGAGGAACUCCGCCUCAUGGCUGCCGCUGAAGGUCCUUCCGGCCGUCCUCUUCGUCUCCAAUCCCCUGUCGCUUCCGCGCGCCACCGGCGUCCGCCGCGGCUUAGCAGAAGAGCCAGGAGGCGCGCUAGCGUUGGAAGAAGACGUCGGGCUUGACUUGGGUGAGGGCGAGCAGGCUUUGACCUCUCCGCAGGCGCUGCCGUCUCCCUCGCCUCCGCCGCGCGGGGGCGACGCGGACGGGAGGGAGGGUGCGACGCCUCCGCGCGACGGCGCAGAAGAUGCGCGCGCCGCGGCGGCGGCGGCGCGUCAAGCAUCCGCAGACCCCGAAAGCAGCGAGUCUUCGGCAGAGGGAGAAACGGUCGCUGCGGCUCAAGAGGUUGAGAUCCCGGCAGGAAGUGUCCCUGCGCCGGCGUCGUCCGAGGGCGCCGCGACGGAGAAGUCGAGCAGGACGCGCGGCGGCGCGAGUCAGGGGCCCGCGGGUGAGGUGAGUGAGAGACGCGCGGGUGGGCAGCAGGCCGCGCGAGCUUCGGCCGGACCUCUCUACUGGUUUUUUCAAAAAGCGGAGGACCUUCCCCUCGUCAGCGCGGUCAACAGACGCCUCAAAGACCUGAGAGCGCACCAAGCAGACCUGCGCACGCGCGAGCGAGAGAGCCACGCCACGCGGAGGUCUAAAGUCGACGACGCGCGAAGAAGAGGUGCGCAGCGGGAGAUGGAGCCUGAAGCCUUUUUGGCGGACGGGGACGGGCAAAGUGGAGCAGGGCUAAGCGAGGAGUCUGGCGACAACAGCGUCGGUCCGCCUUCUUCUUCGCUGGAGGCGCGGCUCUCAGCUGAGCUCAACGCAGCGCGCCUGCUGGAUUUCUCGCUUAGCCACGUCACGCUAGCCAGUCUCCUCCAGCCGCAGACAAGCAGACGGCGAGGGCCUCUGGCGGCGCCGUCCCGGCUCGCGGAGACGCUGGGGACUGUCUCCGCGGGCUCUGGAGCCCAACGCGCCCGACACGGCGGGACGCGCACGGAGGGGCCGGAGGCCAUCGCCGACGGCGCGGUAGGCGACGCCGCAGGCGCUCAAGCAGCCGCGCCGGACGAAGAAGGGGAGGAAGAAGCACAGCAGAGAGAGGAAGAAGAGGUUCUCCUCAGUGAAGUAGCCCGUUAUCUGUACGUAGCGAAUCCGUCGGCCUUUCCGCCACCGUGCACAGAGGAGGGACGCGUUUCUCGCCAUUCGGGAGUACAGAGCAGCGAGAAGGAAGACGCGAUCUCUUCCGGCGUCUCGCCGUCUUCCACGCCGUCUGCUCGAGUCUGCUUUGACGCCGCGUCGCUGUUUACGGCGUCGCUGGCGCGGCGGCUGUUAAUACCUUCCAGGGCAUUGCGGUCUUCGGUCUCUGUGGAUCACGUUUUGCAGAGUUUGGCGUUUUAUCAUUUAUCGGAGAUGCCUAUCGUUUCGCCUCCGCAUCUCCUCAGCCAUCGCCUUUCACUGGCGCCUGCCUCGUUCUUGUUCCGCGCGCCGCAGGGCGCGGAGCAAGGCGCGUCUCUUGUGGGGUACGGACACGCGACGGGCGGCGGUCAGGGUCGGUGUGCGGUGAACGGAGGGGCGUCAUCGACGGCUGAAAAUGCCUGUCGCGCGGGGAGUCAAGGCGAGGCUGCCGCGCUCGGUGGAGAUGCACCUUCGGGCUCUCCGUCCCCUUCCGGCGGCGGCGGCGCUGGAGAAGAGGGCGACGCGACGUUGGCGGGAAACGACGUGUCUGUGCAGACCCUUGUUGACCGGACUUCCAACUACCUGUACGUCUUUGUGCUCUACGCCAAGGACCCCGUCUAUCCUUCGCCUCGCUCGGCGUUUUCGCCCUCUCCUGGCGAGCAGCUUCCUCUGCGGUACCGCACGCGCCUCGUCGUGUAUCGCCGCUCGCUGUCGGACUUGCUCCAGGCGUCGCUGUUGAGUCCUGCGCUGCGCCGCGGCCUGUACGGACAGCUCGUCCGCAUGUAUCCCUACCGCCACCUUCCCGCGCUCGUCGGACCUGUCCUUCUCUCCGCACUCGUCGCGUCGUUCUCUGCACACGAUCGAACUCACGCGGCGUCGGCAGCGUCUCCUGAGGAGGCCGAGGAGGGCGACGCGCCCACGCAGGGCCGCAGCCGGGACGCCCGGCCUGUCUCCGAAGCGCCGGCGCCAUCCGGCGCGGAGGAGGCGGCGGCCUCGCCCAGUUUGAUUCACGUGGAGAUGCCGUCGCGGACGUCGGUUCGCUUCCAUGCUUCAGCAUCGAGGGGAUCGGGGGCCUUUCGCGCGGACGCGGAGCGCCAGGGUCCCGCAGGGUCCCGUUCCCCUCCCUCCUCCUUCUCUGCGCCGCCUCGUCGUUCGCCGCCCGCCGCUGCGCCCCUGUCUGACUUGCCCCCUGCUGGGCUGUUUUCGGAAGCAACGACCACCGAGGCAGAAGCCCUGCGUGCGCUGGAAGGUUUUGAGCGCAUCGCCCUCUCGGCGGCGCUCGCCGCAGGGGCGGAUGGGGGAGGCGUGGAGGGCGAAGACGACGCGCGGCUGCGCCGAGGGGGAAAAGCCGCUACGGCGGCGCGGCUGCUGUCCCCCAGGGCGGUGCCUCUUCGCUUCGAGGUGGCUGCAGCGGCUGUCGAGAGACUGACGCAGCACUCCAAGUCUCACGCAGCAGAAGACCUGGCGGCCGCCGCAGAAAGCGCGGCAGAAGAAAAGGCAGAGGACCCGAUCGGAGGGGACGUCAUGCGGGCGGAAGCUGCCUCACUGGAAUCGGCUUCAUCGGCGCCGUCGAGUGCGUCUCCUGCCGCUUCUUCGGGGGCGGGCUCGCCGUCGGCGCAAGCUGCGGCCUCCUCGCCCGCGUCUGCGGCGUUGCGUGCGCGGUUGUCCGCGCACUUAUUUUCGUCGCCGCGGUCUGUGGCGAGUCUCGCGCGCAGCCGACAAGAGCUGGAGGACGCGGUGGAGGUGUUGCUGUCGCCGACCAAGGCCUUGUCGCUGCUUGCGGUUGUGCGCGUCCCGCUCACGCUCUCGCAGAUCACGGCCGAGCUCGUUGCCGCUUACGUUGGGUCGCUGGUGUUGUCUGUCCUGGAGGGCACUCGGUGCGCGACGUCGCUGUGGAAGCUGCUGGAGGCAUGUCUACAGGACCAGCGGGCGUUGUACCGCUCUCUCCAUAGCCCCUCCUUUUCCAAGCACCCCUGGGUCAACGUCUUGCCGCUCUACGACGCCCUGCACAGCCACUACGGCGCACUGCCCGAUGCGGCGAGGGCGGCGGAGGCAGCGGAAGAUGCGGAGGCAGCGGACGUGAGGGGAGGCGCCGACGAGGCCGCGGAGAGGAGACAGGCCCGCGAGGGAAGGAGGGCGGCGCUGACUCCCUGGGCGGUGGUGCGGCUCGGCUUUUCCAUGGCGCUGGACACGGUGCGCACGCUGUGGCGGCAGCAGACGCUUCUCCUCUGGCAGGCGGUCUGCGCACUCAUGGCGCCUUCGCAGGCGCUCGCAGAGGAGGCCGAGGACGCCGAGGCGGCGUCUUCGCCCCUACAGGCCCCCUCGUCGCGGAGCCAGGGCUCCGGCGCCUCCGCGCGACCGCCUCGAACGUCGCCGCGCACGUCGCGGCCGUCGAGUUCGGCGGCGCUGGAGCUCUCACCAGAGCACGUUCUGGUGGUGACGGCGGAGACGGGCGCGCGCGCUGCCGCCUCUGCCGCGGCGGCGGCGGCCCGCGCGCGGGUCUCGCCCUCCCGGGGCGGAAAGCGAAGGCCGCUAGCCGGGCGACAGGACCAGUCUGCUCCACAGCCGCUGGCGCCUUUGCGAGUGUCGCGGCGUCUCUCGCAGAUCAGCGAAGUACUCAGCGCGCGGCAGGCCGCCGAGGACGACCCUCCGCCCUGGCGCGUCUUCCGCGAGGCGCCGGAGGCUCCGUCUCCAUUCGGAGAAGGGCUCGGGAGCGCGCCCGCGGACGAGGCCGGAGAGAAGGGCGAGCCGGGCGGCGACGAGGAGACAGACCUGGCGAAUCGCGUGACGCGCAGAAGACAAGGCAGAGGCGGCGACGAGGCGAGAGCGAGCGCGAGGCGGAGAAGCCUCGUUGACGCCUCACACGGACCUCUGACGGAUGGGGGCGACCACGCGAACGCGUGGGAGGAACUUGUUUGCCUCGUGUCCAGCGGCUUGCGCAGGUGCAACCCGGUGGCGUGGCUGCUCGACAAAUUCGCUGCAGAGGAGACGGAGGCGGACCGCGGCGGGGAGGAAGAAGAGGACAGCGAGGAAGAGCGCGGCAUGCGCAGCGAAGGGCGCGGCCCCGAUGCGGUCGCCGCGGAUGAAGACAUCCGCGGGGGACCGAGUGGACGCCACGGAGACUCGAAGCAGCCUCUCUCUGCUGAGACGCGCUUGGCGGAAGGAGACAGGGAAGCGAACGAACAGAAUGCGGACACGCUGCAGGACGCUUCCAGCGGAAGCGUGGCAAGCGGGACAGGAGGGGACGCAGAAGCCUCGGCUCGCGCGGCAGACUCCUCGGCAGAUCCGGUCGCUCUGCUCCUCUCGCUGCUCUCUCCGUCAGGUCAGACGCCAGCGCCUGCGGCGGCGGCAGACGACAGUUUCUCCGCUGCAACCCCGACUUUCGUGUCUCCUUCAACGAUCGCGGCGUCGCUGCGAGGCUUCCAGCUCGUGCGCUCGUACGUUUUCGAAGGCGAAAGGGCGUGGCUCGCCGUGGAUCAAGAGACGGUGUCUGCGGCUGUCGUGUACGGACAGCCGGACGGGCUGGACGUGCACUGGAAAGUGACCUUUUUUCCGCGGCUCGACCGCACCGCGACCCGCGUGCUCACACGACGGAGACGUCAACUAUAUCGCUCGCUUGUCCGCUCAGAAAUGCAGGCAAGCAGGAGAGAAGCGAGCCGAGACGUCGUUGCGGGCGCAGUGGAGGACGGGCUGGAGGCCCGCACGGCACAAAAAACAGUCGCGCUCGGGGAGGAACGACCGCAGAGCAGGGCGGUAGACGACACGGAGAAGGAUGAGGGCGGAGGUAAGGAGAAGGGCCGUUUCGAGCUUACAGCGAGCAGCGGAAAAGGAUCUGAAGGCCUGCCAGCGUCUGCGCGAGGCGAAGAUGUGCUGGGUGUGCAUACACCUGACCGCGCCACGGCGUUGAGCCUUCUUAUCGGCCCCGAAAUGCGAGACGAAGAUGAGGAAAACGAAGGAAAAGAAGGCGAGACAACCGCGCCGAGCGUUGAAGAAGUCGUGGUUGAAGACGCUCCUUUCCUCCGGCACAGCAGCCAGGGAGUCUCUCCAGACCCGCGCGGGAAAGCCACCGCGCAUGACAGCCCCUUUGUCGUCUCCGCCUCUGUGGGGCGUGCGUCGUGUCUGUUUCCUUUUUCAUCGGAGCUGGACAAGUCCGCUGCUCUGAACGACUUUGAAUUUGCGACGUUCGCGUUCCGGGGCUCUGCAGCGGUGGAAACGGGAUCUCUGAGCCCAGCGGGUCUCGCCUUCACACGCGCUGGAGACAAGUACCUCUUCCGUCACUCUGCAUCUCUCGCGACCCUCCUCGCAAGCCUCUCGCCGCCUUCUUCGUCCUCUCAGGGGCCUGCGGCGCCCGCGGCAGCCACCCCGGAGUUGGCUUCUUCCAACUCCGCCGCUGUCGCGCCGGAGACAGCUGCGCAGCAUCUCGAGGAGUUCGUCGGGCCUCGCGUGCGGCAGAAGGAAAAUCUGGGCGAGGUCGUUCUGCUGCAGCAUCUGAACGCAAGCGACAGCGAGGGGCGCGCAGCGUCGCGAGACACACCAGCUCUGCCGAGGGUGCUGGCGAUGGUGGCGCACUCAACAGACCGGGCGGUGCGGUACCGCGUCUUCCAACACUCGAGCGUCCUCGUCCCUGCCUCAAGCCCCUCGUGUCCGUCGCGCGCGAACCUCCUCCCGCAAGGCGCGCCUCAGGCCUGUCCCGAGCGACCGCUCGGGACAGGCCUGAGGCGCACAGGCGCUGCCGGAGGCCAGCAGAUCGCCGCCCAAGAGGCGGGCGAGGAAGAGACAUGCGUCGGCUGGACUGUGGGGCGGAAGGCCGGGACUGACCACGUCGUCCGCGUCUUCCACCCCGGCGGCGACGGCGAUCUGGGAGACGACGGAGGCGGCAGAGCUGGCGCAGACGGCGGCGGGUCUUCUGCGUCGUCCGCGUCGCAUGGCGUCUACGAGUUCGUCAGGAGGCCGCUGUGGACUGCGACGGCCGAUCGACGGAGCUUCGCCUUCGGCUACCUCCUCAAGCUCCAGGCACUCCGCACUUUCCGGCGUUUCCCGCCGUUCUUCGCCUCGCCGGCCGCCCGCAAAGAAGAAGAAAGACGACGGCUUUUGGAGGAAGCAGCGCUGGCGGCGGAGGAGGAUCGCAUCAAUCGAGACCUCCGAAGCCUCGACGGCCCCUGGCGGAUAGGAACUUUUGUUGGCGGCUCUCGGGACUCGUCGCCUGCGGACAGGAGGAGACGGUCUGGUGCGGAGAGCCCAGCGGCGCUCGAGGACGAGCUGAAGGAUUUUGCGGCUUCGGAGAUUUUCAGGGACUUCUGGGCCUACGCGCCGUCCUUCCGCCUCCUCGCAAUCAAUGAGGAUGGCAGCUGCAUCGCUGGUGUCAGUGGCGCAUUAGGGCUCUUUGUCCAGAUUCAGGGCUCCACGACCGCGGUCGGAGAGGAGGCAGGCGCUGGGCCCUCGGGCUCCGGUCCGUGGGGCGAGCAGGGACUGCGAGAGCUUGGCGCUUCGGAGGGCGGCGAGCUCCAAGAGGGGCGCGGGCGACAAUCUCACCUUCCGUUUUCUGCACGGAAUUCCAAAACGCCAGCCGCAGUCGUUCGCGAAGUCGACGUUGCCGCCGCACUCGCACAAGCAGGCGGGAGAGAGAGUGUCGAUGCGCGACACAUCGUCGGCAUUUCCUUUUUUCCGCUGCACCGCUUCGUUGCCGCCCUCGACCCGAACGUCGUUCGGCCGGACUUGAGCGCUCCUGGCGGUGUCCUGUUGGUGGUCCUCCUCGACGACGGGCGCCUGUUGCUGCUGUACGUACCCCCUGAGGUCUCCGUCGCGUACCCGUCGCGGCCGUUCUUCCACCAAUUGCUUUUCUCAGUCAGCUGGAACAACCUCGCGAUCCUGCUGUACCUGGUCCUGCUCCUGCUGUUCCACUUCCGCGGUCAGCAGAUGCUCGCCGUCGACCCCGCGUUGACUGCUGGAGGGGCGCAGACGCCUCUCCAGUUCCUUCGUCUCUUUCUCUCUGUGUUUCGUCUGGUCCUUUCACUGCUGAUGUUCCCGUUUGUGUCGCUCAUUCUGGCCGCCGCGCGCUCUCUGCGGCUGGCGGUCGCGGCACUUUUCUCCCUCGGCGCGCUGCUGCGCCUUCUUGCGGGCGCCACGGUUCAGCCGCCGCCUACAGUUGCGCCGCCCGGCAACGCCGACGCCAGGCGGCCUGCAGCCGCCACCAGGCAGCCUCGGUCUGGGGCAGCCGAGACGCCCGCCGCCCGCGAGGACCGCGGUCGUGGAGCCCAGGAGACAGGCGCGGCGAGCGCCGGUGCAGCGGCACGCCGGGAGGGUGAGCGGCGAGUGGGCGACGGGGGCGCCGGAGGCGAUGCAGGCUUACGGCGUAGACGACACGCAGGGGAAGGAAGCGGCAACGCCGACCCACGAGAAAGUGAAAACGUGGCGCUUGCAUCCUCGUCGUUAUCUUCGCACGUCGUUGCCGUGGCGCCUGCAGACCGGGAGCAGCCGUCGUCGUCCUCCGUGUACCCCCCCAUUUCGACGCCGUCGCUGUCGCCGGCAGGUGUUCUUUGGGGCGUGGAGGAGAGACUCUCGCAAAGGGGCGACGCCGCGCCAGCGCUCGUGAGAAGCCCCGCCGCGGCCUCUGCGGCGGAGGCCAUGGCUGUCGCGGACGAAGGCUCCAAGUCGCGGUCGCGGCGCAGAACGUCGUCGCUGCCUCCGGCGGCCGCGGCGCAAGCGGCCCAUGGCAACGUGGCAGCGCCUUUGGAGUCUGCGCCGUUGCCCACGGCCUCUCAGAGUUCUGUUUCUUCGUCGUCGUUGGAGGCCGGACGCGGAUGCGACGGCGCGCGUGCUACGGCCUCGUCUCCGCGCCCAGACGGCCGCGCGGCGCGACGGGCCCUGCUCGCCGAGGCUGCUCUGAAGCGACUGACCCGCCAGGAGCCCAGCGGGUCGGAGUGA